AUGAAACUGCUUUCUUCAGGGCAGAUGCGGAAGCUGCCCUCCAGAGGGCUUGGGCAACCCGAGGAAAGGAAAUCACCUCUGUUGGCAGUGUGGCUGCUGAGACUGCCGGGGGCUGCUGCCUGCUGCCUCUCGUGCCUGUCCUCUCCAAGAUGCAGUUUUUUGAUGCUGAGGAGCUCCUGGUCGAUGAAGAGGAUGAUGUUUUUGGUGAAGGACUACCGACCAGACUCCCGGAAAUCAUGUUGGUAGGAUCCCAGUCUUUUUCGCCUGGAGGGCCCAAUGGGAUCAUUAGAAGCCAGUCCUUUGCGGGUUUCAGCGGCCUCCAGGAAAGGCGAUCCAGGUGUAACUCCUUCAUUGAAAAUUCCUCCGCUCUCAAGAAGCCUCAGGCCAAACUGAAGAAAAUGCACAAUUUAGGCCACAAAAACAACAAUCCCCCCAAAGAGCCUCAGCCUAAAAGGGUGGAAGAAGUCUACAGGGCCUUGAAAAAUGGACUUGAUGAAUAUCUGGAGGUUCACCAGACGGAGCUGGACAAGUUGACAGCUCAGUUAAAAGAUAUGAAAAGAAACUCUCGCCUGGGUGUGCUGUAUGAACUAGACAAGCAAAUUAAAACAAUUGAAAGAUACAUGAGACGCCUGGAGUUUCACAUUAGUAAGGUAGAUGAACUCUAUGAAGCUUAUUGUAUCCAGCGACGCCUCCAGGAUGGUGCCAGCAAAAUGAAGCAAGCCUUUGCAACAUCCCCUGCCAGCAAAGCUGCCCGGGAGAGUCUGUCAGAGAUCAAUCGGAGCUACAAGGAGUACACAGAGAAUAUGUGCACCAUUGAAGCGGAGCUAGAGAAUCUGCUGGGAGAAUUCUCCAUCAAGAUGAAAGGUCUGGCUGGAUUUGCGCGCCUCUGUCCUGGAGAUCAAUAUGAAAUUUUCAUGAAGUAUGGCCGGCAGCGGUGGAAACUGAAAGGCAAAAUAGAAGUAAAUGGCAAGCAGAGCUGGGACGGAGAAGAAACAGUUUUUCUGCCCCUGAUAGUUGGGUUCAUCUCCAUCAAGGUCACAGAGCUCAAAGGGCUGGCAACUCACAUCCUGGUAGGUAGCGUGACCUGUGAGACCAAAGAGCUGUUUGCAGCCCGACCUCAGGUGGUGGCUGUCGACAUCAAUGACCUUGGCACCAUCAAACUGAACCUGGAAAUCACCUGGUAUCCAUUUGACGUGGAGGACAUGACCGCAUCCUCAGGCGCUGGGAACAAGGCGGCAGCCCUUCAGAGGAGAAUGUCCAUGUACAGCCAGGGUACCCCGGAAACGCCCACCUUCAAAGACCACUCCUUCUUUAGGUGGCUGCAUCCUUCCCCAGACAAGCCAAGGCGGCUGUCUGUCUUGAGUGCCUUGCAAGACACUUUCUUUGCCAAGCUGCACCGCAGCCGCUCCUUCAGUGACCUGCCCUCCCUCAGGCCGAGUCCCAAGGCCGUGCUAGAGCUCUAUUCGAAUCUACCUGAUGACAUCUUUGAAAAUGGAAAGGCAGCCGAGGAGAAAAUGCCACUGUCGCUCAGCUUCAGUGACCUACCCAACGGGGACUGCGCCCUCGCCUCCCACUCAACAGGCUCCCCUUCCAACUCAACAAAUCCAGAAAUUACCAUCACCCCUGCGGAGUUUCACCACAGCAGCCUGGCCUCCCAGAAUGAGGGUUUGGAUGACACCAGCUCAGCAUCUUCCAGGAACUCCUUGGGAGAAGGCCAAGAGCCAAAAUCACACCUGAAGGAGGAAGACCCCGAGAAGCCCAGGAAACCUGCCUCGGCCCCAUCUGAGGCUUGCCGCCGACAGUCCUCAGGUGCUGGGGCUGAGCACCUGUUCCUUGAGAAUGAUGUUGCAGAGGCACUUCUGCAAGAGUCCGAGGAGGCCUCUGAGCUCAAGCCUGUGGAACUGGACACUUUGGAAGGAAACAUCACGAAGCAGCUGGUCAAGAGGCUCACAUCUGCAGAGGUGCCAGUGGCCACAGACAGGGUGCUCUCAGAGGGCUCUGUCGGGGGAGAAUCCGAAGGCUGCAGAUCCUUUCUAGAUGGAAGCUUAGAGGAUGCUUUUAAUGGGCUUUUCCUUGCAUUAGAACCACAUAAAGAGCAGUAUAAAGAGUUUCAGGAUCUGAACCAAGAAGUCAUGCAUUUGGAUGAUAUUCUAAAAUGCAAGCCAGCAGUAAGCCGCAGCAGGUCUUCCAGUUUAAGUCUUACAGUUGAAAGUGCUUUAGAAAGCUUUGAUUUCCUGAACACCUCUGAUUUUGACGAGGAGGAGGAUGGUGAUGAGGUUUGUAAUGUUGGCGGAGGUGCUGACUCAGUAUUUUCAGACACUGAGACUGAGAAACACAGUUACAGGUCAGUUCACCCGGAAGCCAGGGGCCAUCUCAGUGAAGCGCUCACUGAAGACACAGGAGUUGGGACCAGUGUGGCAGGAAGUCCUCUCCCACUGACCACAGGCAACGAGAGCCUGGACAUCACCAUCAUCAGGCACCUCCAGUACUGCACCCAACUCGUGCAGCAAAUAGUUUUCUCAAGCAAAAUCCCAUUUGUGGCAAGAAGUCUCUUAGAGAAGCUUUCUAGGCAGAUUCAAGUGAUGGAGAAACUCGCUGCUGUGAGUGAUGAGAACAUAGGAAAUAUCAGUUCUGUUGUGGAAGCCAUACCAGAAUUUCACAAAAAGCUGUCUUUGCUGUCAUUCUGGACCAAGUGCUGCAGCCCUAUUGGUGUCUACCACAGCCCAGCGGACAGAGUGAUUAAGCAACUGGAGGCCAGCUUUGCCAGAACCGUCAACAAAGAAUAUCCAGGACUUGCAGACCCAGUGUUUCGAACCCUGGUGUCCCAAAUUCUGGACCAGGCUGAGCCUCUGCUUUCCUCCAGCCUGUCCUCGGAAGUCGUCACUGUUUUCCAGUAUUACAGUUACUUCACCAGCCACGGCGUCAGUGACCUGGAGAGUUACCUGAGCCAGCUGGCAAGGCAAGUUUCCAUGGUUCAGACUCUGCAAUCACUGAGAGAUGAAAAACUGCUACAGACCAUGAGUGACCUUGCUCCCAGCAACCUCCCGGCCCAGCAGGAAGUCCUCAGGACUCUGGCUCUCCUAUUAACCAGAGAGGACAAUGAAGUUAGCGAGGCUGUGACGCUUUACUUGGCAGCAGCCUCCAAAAAUCAGCAUUUCAGGGAAAAGGCCUUGCUCUAUUACUGUGAAGCACUAACAAAGACAAACCUCCAGCUCCAGAAAGCAGCUUGCCUGGCCCUGAAAAUCCUUGAGGUAAAGCCCAGCCUUGGAACUCCCCUGGCAGCUCAGCUUGGAGCCAGGCUAAGCCGAUUUGAAUUGGUAUUCAUAUUUAAUGUUCUAUGUUUAGGAGAAGAUGGGCGACUGGCAUAUGAACAAUUGGACAAAUUUCCUCGAGACUGUGUCAAAGUCGGAGGUCGUCAUGGAACUGAAGUUGCCACAGCCUUUUAAUUACAGGUUAACUGCCUAACAGCUGUCUUAAUAUCUGACCCUUUUCAUCAAGAUGGUGCUGUGGUUUUGGCUGGAAAUUGUUUAGAGCCUCAGAGACACAAAAACUAAAAUAAAAAUGUAGGCUGGAUGCAAUGGCUCAUGCCUGUAAUCCCAGCACUUUGGGAGCUCAAGGCAAGAGAACUGCUUAAGCCCAGUAGGUUCAAGACCAACCUGGGCGACAUAGCAAGGCCCUGUCUCUACAAAAAAAAAUUGUUUGAUUAGUCAGGCGUGGUGGCGUGCACCUAUAGUCCUAGCUACUUGGGAGGCUAAGGGGGGAGGAUUGCUUGAGCCCAGAAGAUUGAGGCUGCAGUGAGCCAUAAUUGUACCACUGCACUCCAGACUGGGUGACAGAGCAAAACCCUGUCUCAAAAAACAAAACAACAACAACAAAAACAUGUUAUAGAAAGAAUUCAGAGUCUCAUUUCACAGUACCUAUCUACUUUUCCUUUGGCCAACAUAGGAUAGGGCUAUGGUAUAAUUCAAUAGAUUACAUCGUCAAUUGUGUCUGAUAAUACUCAGUGAAAGAGUCCAUCUUAUCUUAAUAUGUAUGAAAUUUAAAAAUAGCCAUCUUUGUACUUUUUUGCAAGUUUCUCUAUAAGCUUGAAAUAGUCCUGUGAUACUUCGAUAAACAUCAUAUGCCUUGCAGUUUUUCUCUGUCGUGUUCUCAGGGUUGAAUGGUCCCCUUAGCUACCUAACUUUACUUUCAAUACAAAGCACAAAAAAGAAUCUCUUCAAAUAAAAGUCUGCCUGCAGAACCAGGCAAAAUGACCCAUUGUGAGAGUUUAGAUGUUUUAAUUUUAUGUGCUCCCAGCUAUUCCGGAGUCUGAGGUGGGAGGAUCGCUUGAGGUAGAGGUUGCAGUAAGCUGAGAUUGCACCAUUGCACUCCAGCCCAUGUGACAGAGGAAUGAGAGCCAGUCUCAAAAAAAAAAAGAAAAAGAAAAAACUCCCACAAUUUAUUUUGCUUCUUUUCCCCAUCCUGAAAAUUCCCAAAUCAUGUUUCCAUUAUAGAAAAAAGAUAAGUACAUGACUAAGAACUACCUUAAGUUUAUACCUAUACACUUAAAAACAAACAAAAAACUCAAAACUUACGCUU